ACAGCGUCUUUGAUGCUUUUCUGGACAAAACAUCUGCAUAAACUGCCUUUUCUCCGCUAAUGCGUGCAGUCACAGUAAGAUGGCAGCCGAGCCAGCCUCACUUGGUGUAGUACGUUAGAGGGAAGAAGAAGUGACGCAACCAAUGAUAAAAGUGGCGCGCUUAUGUUGAAAGAAUGGCUGGUGCAGGACCCGAAACAAUCUUCAAAAAGGAGACCGUCAGCAAAGUUUUGACGCUGUUUUUCAAGGACGACAAAACCAAAGCCAGUAACGAUGCCGUCAGUCUCAUGGCCGAGAUGUUGAAAAUUUUCGUUAUAGAAGCAGCUCAGCGAGCCAUGAAACAGGCUGAGAAUGAAGACAGCCUCGGUGUGGAUUUGGAGCAUGUUGAGAAAGUUUUGCCUCAGUUGCUUUUGGAUUUCUGAUGCUCUGUCAAGGGUCAGUAGAUGGCGCCAUAGUUUUGCUCAACUGAUGCAGCCUGGACCUUUCCUGUUGUUUUUGCAGAAGUGAUUUUCCACAGUCUACAAAUUUAUGUUCUGCAGUCUUUAGUCGGCUGUAAUUUGUAGUAAAUGGAAACACCACAAUGUGACUCGCGGAGAUGAUUGUAAAAUAGUCUAAUUUGUUGGAAACCAUUUCAGUUGCUUAAAUAUAUGCAUCUUCAUGUCUGCACAGUCCGUUUAGCAGUUUUUUGUGUAGAUUUCUGGUCCUGUAGAGUGGUUCGAGAAGCAUCCUUACUAGAGUGCGCAUGUUUCUAUAGGCCACCUGUGCAGGGCUGAGCAGCAGGUGCUUCCAGCAUGCUUUUCUGUACUCCCAUCAAAACCUCUUGAAGCAGUUGGAAGUAAUUAGAGUAAUAAGGGAAGCAGUGAGCCCCAUAAAUGAUGAGUGUCAGGAAAAAGGACUAUACCCCCCAGCCACUUUGAAGUUUUCCUUGUGUGUGUUUUUUUUUUUUUUUUUUUUUUUUUUUUUUUUUGCUUCCUGCAGUGUGGUUUAGUUAGAGCUAUCCUGGUAGUUGAGGUGGCAGCAGUAUGUGUUCGAAUAUGCAUGUGUGUGUGAGUGUCAGCCUGUGCCCACACAUAAAGAAAUAGACAUAAUUACCCUUUACAAUGUUUGAACAUGUUGAAAUGCUUGAAAUAAAAUCUUGUUACAUUAAUUUAUGUUAAACAUAAGAACAUUUCUUCUUUCUAAACAAAGGAUAGAAAUAUUCUGAGAUUUAAGCAUUUUCCUCCUAUUUCUGAAAUUUGGCUCCUAAAACAACCCUUGAGUUUUCUCACUUCUAGCUUAAAAUAUUGUCUGACAGAAGCCUCAACUAAUUUGGGUCUGACUCAUCCCAGGUUUAACUUAAAAAUACUAACAUAAUGUAAUGAACAAGAUCAUCAGUUUGUUAUAUAGAUCUCAACCAUAUCUCAGAAUUGCUUCAGCAGUUUAUUACAGCACAAAGAUAACUCAUGCUUUUCUGAUUUGUCUCCAGAACUUCUCAAAAUGAAAUGCUUAUGCUAAUCUCCUAUUUCUCAUAAGAGAAAUUAAAAAAAUUUAUCACACCAUUGAAUUCUCCUUAAGUUCUCCUGAGAUAUAGAAAAUGUGGUCUGGAAAAAGACAUUUUCCAUUGGGAUGUAAAUUUGCAAUUUUGAAGACAUCUGCAGUAACAGACUAUAUUUAGUGCACUAUUGUUUUGUCCUAUUACAUUCUGCUUGCAUUUGUUUACAACAAGCUAGAGCAUCAUAUUUAGUAUUUCACAAUUCUGACCGAUUACUGGAAGAAAAUACAUUGUUGAUGGAUGUAAACCUAUCCAAAUGCACACACAAUGAAAUGUACCAGUUUGGAUCUUUGAUGAAGGUAGUUAUUCAUUUUGCGGCGAAUUAAUAAUUUGAAUAUUUAAAAUAAGAAAAAUAAAGAACCCUGGAUGUAACCUAUUACAUUCCACCACUCUUUAAAUUCGCUGUUCUACAUCAUUUUCUUUGAAUGGCUAAUUUCAUAGCUUCAUGUGAAUGAAUUUUGGAGGUCUUUGUGGAUUUUAGAACAAUAUUGUACAAUUGUUAUUACAAGCAUGUGCUACUGUUAAGAAUAUAUGAAUGAAGUAAGAAAUUGUACAGUUCAGAUGUUAAUCUUAUAAACUAGAUACCAAAAUGUAUUUUUGAAUGUUUAAAAUGUUUUGUGAAACAUGGCAUCAAUAAAUUGUAAAUCAUAAACAGUAA